AAAAAAAACACACACACACACAAAAGUUUCAUCUUCACGCCAAAAGGAAUAAUAAUAAUAAUCUCCCAAAAACGGUUUUUCCUCUACAGAUCAAAAAGCUUUCAAAUCGAAACCCUAGAUCUUAAUUCCCGAUUCAGAUCUAUCGAUCCAACUUCCGGAUUUUGAGAUCUGAGAAUUGAAAAAAUUUGGAGAUAUGUCGAAGCCGUGGGGUGGGAUUGGGAUCGGGGCGUGGGCGGACGAAGCGGAGAAGGCGGAUGAGGAGCAGGCGGCGGCGGAUGUGCAGAGUUUCCCUAGCUUGAAGGAGGCAGCGAGCAAUGUUAAGUCUAAGAAGAAGAAGAAGAUGACUUUAUCGGAGUUUACAACCGGCGCUUACGCAGCGCCUGCGGGUAGAAACUCUGUUGGGUUGACUCAGCAGGAGAUUUUGCAGCUGCCUACUGGUCCUAGGCAACGGUCGGAGGAUGAGAUGGUGCCUGGGAGGUUAGGUGGGGGAUUCUCUUCUUACGGAGGUCGUGGGGGUGGGAGGAUGGGGAGAGAUCGGGAGGAUUCUGAUGGCUCUUGGGGUGGUGGUGGUGGUGGUGGUGGGAGGAGAGGGUAUGGUGGUGGGUUUGAUGAUGAAAGGAGAGGAGGGGGUUCUAGGGUUUCGGAGUUUCCUCAGUCUUCUAGGGCUGAUGAGGUUGAUGAUUGGGGGAAAGGGAAAAAGGCGAUUCCUUUUGAUCAGGGACGACAGGGUGGUGGUCGUUAUGGUGGUCUUGGCGGUGGUGGUGGUGGUAGUUUUAACGGCGGUGGUGGUGGUGGUGGUGGUUUUGGUGGUGGAGGUGGUGGAUUGUCCAAAGCUGAUGAAACUGAUAAUUGGGCGGCAGGGAAAAGACAAGCUCCGGUUCCGGUUAGAUCAUCUACAUUUGGGUCUGGUGGUUACGGUGAUUCAGGACGUGAGCCUGACCGUUGGGCGAGAGGAGUAGCGCUAGGUGGUGUUCAGGAGGAGCGUCGUCGUUUGGUUUUGGAGCCGCGGAAGGUUGUUGACUCUGGAGCGAGUGAGACUCCUCCACCAGGUGCUGUUAAGACGAGUAAGCCGAAUCCUUUUGGGGCAGCUAGGCCAAGGGAGGAGGUUUUGGCGGAGAAAGGUUUGGAUUGGAAGAAGAUUGACUCGGAGAUUGAGGCUAAGAAAGGAGGUUCUCAGACGAGUAGGCCAACGAGCGCACAUUCGAGUAGGCCUUCCAGUGCUCAGUCUAACAGGUCUGAGAGUUUGGGGUUGGAUAAUGUGGUGAAACCGAGACCGAAGGUGAAUCCUUUUGGAGAUGCGAAGCCAAGAGAAGUGUUGUUGGAGGAACAAGGGAAAGAUUGGCGUAAGAUGGAUAUGGAACUCGAGCAUCGCAGAGUUGACAGGCCUGAAACAGAAGAAGAGAAGAUGUUGAAGGAAGAGAUUGAAGAACUAAGGAAAAAACUCGAGAAGGAAUCCAUUGCUCCAGAGAUCAAGCAAUCUGAUCAAGAACCUGACACUAAUAAUAAUCACCAUGAUUUACCAGAAACAAUACGGGGAAAGGAAAGAGAUCUAGAAAUACUAACUCGUGAGUUGGACGACAAAGUCAGGUUCAGGCAGAAACCAGUUGAGAGACCCGGGUCUGGUGCAGGCAGAACCGGUUCUUACUCAGAAAGAACACAUUCCCGGUCUGGAUCAAUCGAUGAAUCCAGGAGUUUUGAAUCCACAGAGAGACCUAGAUCUCGUGGCGCAGUUGAUGCCUGGGUUAGACCUGUUGAUGAUCAGCGAAGGAACUUCCAAGGAAGCAAAGAGCGUGGGUUCUUCAACAACAGGCCGUUGUCUAGGGAAGGAUGGUAAGAAGGAAACGAAGACCAGCCAAAUGUUAGAUGUUCUGACAAGCCCCUGUCAGGCGUUAAUUUGUAGUAAUAAAAAUUUAUCAUCUUCUUGAAAAAACACUCUAAUCUUUGUUCCUUUUUGUUGGUUCAUCUUCGGUACCAUAGCUUUGUUGUUUUGUUUUGGUCUUCUUGUAAGCGGAGGCGUGUGUCUCAAGAGAAUGUCUCUUCUGUUAAACUUUUUAAAGACUUGUUUGUUUGCCAGCAAUCUCAAAAGUUGAU